AUGGAUUACAUCUUUGUGCCAGAUCAUUUAGAAAUUGCUCAAAACAACAAGAAAAAUGGGCGCAUUGUUGGUGAGAUUGCUUUCCAGUUAGACAGGCGUAUUCUUGCACAUGUGUUCCCCGGAAUCACACGGCUCUAUGGAUUCACAGUAUCCAAUAUCCCUGAAAAAAUAAAGCAAGUCUCCACGAGAUCUUUAGAUGGUUCUCUAGACGAGAAAAAAUAUCGAACUAUAACCCAGCGUUAUCGUAACCUGAUUACCCGCUUGAAGAAAAUGGGCUACCAUACUGAUGUCCACCCAGUGUUUAGUGAAUUUCUUAUCAACACCUAUGGCAUCCUGAAGCAAAGGCCUGACCUCAGCUCUAACCCCAUCAAUGAUAAUCCUAAUGAUCUCAGAAAGAUGGUGAUAGACAUUGUCCCAGCUAAAUUCCUUGGCGAUACCUUACUGCUCUUGAACUGUUUGUGUGAGCUUUCCAAAGAAGACAACAAGGCCCUUUUCGCCUGGUAG